GGUGAUGAUGAUGCUGCGGCUCACGUCUGCGCGCGUCUGAUCAGCCUGAUCGUUGUUUAUGAACGCCCGCGAAAGUUGUUUGGUAUAACACUAGUCUUUUUUAUAUGCCUCUGUUCCUAAACAAGUGAUUUAAUAGGUUCCAAUUCAUUCAGUAGUGACCACAGCCGCGACAACGCUGACGCACUGUGCCUUCAGGGCGGCAAUCACCAAAUCCCAGCUGGUACCAGCUGUCGCAGUAGGCGAAACCAAGUCCGUGAACAAGUGCCUACACCAUGUCCCGGAAGAGCGCAACAUCUGGAGGGUAUAAGCGCAAGCUCAGCGGCAAGCCCGAACCGAGCGAUGAACAGAAAAAUGACAUCAACGCGGCGUUCAACCUAUUUGACCCCAGUAGCAGUGGGUUUAUGGAAGCGAAGGACUUGAAGUUCGCAAUGCGGGCCCUGGGUUUCGAACCUAGAAAAGAGGAGGUCAAGAAGCUGCUUGCAGAGAUAGACAAGCAAGAGACCGGCAAAAUAGCUCGAGAAGACUUCAUGAAUGUAAUGGCCACAAGAUUGGCAGAGAAGGACAUUAAUGAAGAAAUCAUGAAAGCAUUCCAAUUGUUUGAUGAAGACAACACCGGCAAGAUUUCCUUUAAAAACCUCAAGAGUGUCGCAAAACAGCUCUCCGAAAACCUGUCGGAUGAAGAACUGCAGGAGAUGAUAAGUGAAGCUGACAGAGAUGGAGACGGUGAAGUUAACCAGGAGGAGUUUCUUCGAAUCAUGAAGAAAACUUGUUUAUAUUAAAUUGUCAUGUAAAUAUAAAACUCUAGAAACACUUUAGCACCUCUGAACAGAAAGACAAAAGGGAGGUCCAGGCGACACAUUAGCUAUUGUGCUGUCUAUGCCUUCUUUUUGUUGUUUGCUGGUGCUAAAUUGUUUUUCCAGCAUGGAUACCCACACAUCUAUCAUUCAUGUAUUGUGUUUUUUCUGCCAAUGUUGACCAUUGAUUGCACAUUUUGACCAUUGAUUGCACAUUUUUGUGAAAGCCCCCUCUGUUUGUAUUUCCUGAAUGUAAUUUUAUUUUUGUUGAAAGUGUUCAAUAAGCGGAGCUGUUAGAAGAACUGCAGUAGCCACAGAAAUUAUUUAUCAGUCCAAGCAGAAUACAGUCCAGCUAUUUCGUCAGAUGAUUAUGCAAAACUAGUGCAGUAUGCUACAUCUCCAGUGAUGAAAACUAUAACAAAGCCAAAUGUAAAGGCACAUAAUGAUGUGAAUAUUAAGGGGCAAUAAGAGUAAAAAAAAGACCAGUUUUUUCCAAAGAUUGUAUGUUUUUGUUUAUAUUUAGUUUCACACGCUUAGUAUCUGUACUUUCACAACAAAAACGAAAUUUUUAAAUUGCAAAUACACUUGAAGUAGGUUAAAAUUCUAUUCAAAGGGACCCUGAAACGGUUUCGACAAUUUUGACAUUAGGCCGGUAGACCAAGACCUAAUGGUCAUUUACAGACUGAUUUGAGCCCUCUGCAUUUGAGCCCUCUCUGUAAUUUAUUACAGUGCUUUAAAGCUGAGAAUCGCCGCAUAUCGCUGCAACUCGGCCAAACUCGUUUUAAACCACCAAUUCAGAGAGCGACAUGCUUUGGUAGUGCGAUGUCACCCAGGCCUUUGAUCUGAUUGGCUGUGGGAUGCCUGGAAGUAAGAUUAACUGGUAGGGUGGUAGCACCUGUCGGAGCAGGUAUCAACUACUCCGCAAUCUUCGUCUCUGCUGUUAGAUGGCAUAUAUGCUGCUGGUUGUACUGUGUGAGGGCCUCGGAGAUUGCACGCAGCCGAUCGGCAUACAACCUGGAGGCUUAGACUGGAAGAAGCUCAAAUUAUCGUGUGUGCUCAUAAGAGCUCUGCGAUUGCCAGCAUGUCUCAUGAGUGGAGGAGGCAAGGCAGAGGUGAGAAGGAAGGUAUGAUAUAAUUGUCCGUAGUGGCCUUGGUAUAUGACGUGUCAUUAAAUUUGUGGUGUGAAUGAUUUGAUAGUGCUCCAGGUUAAGCGCUGACACAACUUCAAAAGAGAUGUUUCAGGGUUUCCUUAAAGAGCACAAGGUGGCUACUAAAAACCAAAAAGAGCGCAUUGUCCAGAGUCCCUUGGAAGUUGUCACCUGGCUGCUUGGCCAUUGCACUUAACGUGAGCUGUUCACUAAAGCCAUAUGCUCAAAAUAACCAGGAUUCCGAAGCUUUCAUGAUGGAAGAAAUUAUUUUUAAAAACAUAUUUUUGCCACAUAUAUAAUCUUUGACUUUUAUGUUCAAAAUACAUUUUUCUCCAGAUGCAAAUUUCGGGCAACUUCUUGAGCUUUGACAUCAUGUUUUUUGUACUUCUGAUAACCAGAUCAAGAUUAAAUUUUGCCCACAUAUUUUUCAACAAGUGAAAAGUAACAGUAUCUCCUUUAAAACUUGAUAUCACCUGUACAAUUAUUAUGAGCCUAAAGUAAGCAAUUUGAUCUGAGCAUUUUAAGGCUUCUCACAUUUCAGUUUUUUCUUGUCUAUUAAACUGUCUUAUAUGCUUUUUUGUUAUUUAUUUGCAUUCCACAGUUAAUAUAGAGCAGUAUGAGCCAUUAAUGGCUCUGAAUGAUAAAAACAUUAUGGCAAAAAAAUGUGUUCACUAAGAAUUGUAUUUUACAUAUUGUCAUGGUAUAAAACGAAAGCUAUGCGACUUACUAGAAAACUGAUCACAUAUUUGAAAUGUGCAUAAAAGACUAUGUCUUCAAAAAAAAAAUUAAUUUCCCUAGGCUACAAAGUAUAGAAACUUUUUUUUUUUUGAGUAGCAUUUUCUCUGAAGUCACAAUGUAACUUCACUGGCAUUCCAUAGAAUGAUGUACAGAGAACAGUUUUGAAAUGACCCAUCACUAUUUCUUAAAGUAUCUGGUAAUUUUUAUAUAUGAUUUGGAGCUGCAGAUAGCAUGUGAAAAAAAAAAGAAGAGAGAGAGAAUUCCUUAUUGCCAAAGUGUCGGUUGUACAGGAUCCUAACUAUGUUGAGCUGGUACUUAAAGCAUCUUAAAGUUGCCUUGUGUGAUGCCAUAUUUUGAAGAACACGUAAACGAAGUGCCAAAAUGUGCGACUAAAUCAACAGAUCUGAUUUCAAAUAAUGAGUGAUGCUACAUUGUCUUGUAUCAUGCACAAUUAUAUGCCCAUUUAGGGGUGGCUUUAAAUUCAUCCAUUCUGUACAGGUCUACAAGUAUCAUAGAAUGAAAGCCAUAAUUUUGAAAUGUUUUUUUAUCCGAUGAAGAAAAUCAUAGCUAGUAUCCCAGCAUCUGGCUAAAGGUCUUCUACUUGGCACCAUAUUUUUUAAAAUUUAACUAAAGGCAAUUAUGGCACUGCGAUCAUUCAAUGACUAUGGGAAUGAUAGAUGUACAUGGAUUUGCCGACUCUUCGUGCUUGCGGGCUCUGAAUGCACUUGUGGCUUUGUUUAUUUCAGUGUUUUGGUUUUGUUUCCAAUAAAAGAACUAACCGUUUCGAACUUAUGACCCGAUUUGAAUUUGAGAACCAAAAAGGUUAAGAUGGUGAAGUGCAAAUGCUGAAUAUUUGCUGAUUGUUUCGUGACAAAGCAGCUUCAAGCUACGUGAAGCCGAAAGGAACGUAUGUAACAAAGACUAGGCAAAUGCAGGUCAUAUCCAUAUUUCCCAUGCUCACUGAAGCGCCAUGCGUUGUAGCUCCCAUAGACACUAGCGCCAGAGUUUUCUCUAGUGUAUAUUUUGAAAACUCUGGUACCACCAGUAGCUGCGAAAAUAAUUAUAAUAAAUUUGAAAAAGAUUUUUUUUUGCAUUGAAAGACUUCCUGCACUUGGCAUACACUGAUAACAGCUUUCAUUGAAUUUUUGUGCUGUGGGGAGCUAUUCAAUAAAGUGAUGAAAAAGCUUUUCAA